AUGUUCCACCUCUUCUCCCACUGCUGGUCGUGGCUGCAGGCCAUACAGGAGCCCAUCAGGAAGGUGACCCUCCUUGUCAUGGGGCUGGACAACGCAGGGAAAACCUCCGUCAUCACGGACAUAGAGAGAGCACUGGCUGUCGAGGUGCUGCCCAAUGCACAGCCUGGCCAGACCUGCUUGAGGGUGGACAGGUUCGAGGUGACACUGGUGGACCUGCCCGGGGGCCAGCGCUCCCGCAGCACCUGGCGCAGCCACUACAGCGCGGCACACGGGCUGCUCUUCGUCCUGGACUCCACUGACCUGAAACGGAUAGAGGAAGCCCCCAAGGUCCUGAGCCGUGUCCUGAGCCAUCCCGACAUCUCUGGGAAGCCUCUCUUACUGUAA